AAAUCAACAUGUAUCCGUAGAGUCCUUUGUCUCUGAGCCGGUCCCUCAUUGACCCAGUUUAGGAUGUUUUGGUUUACCUCAGAAUCAUACACAUGAGCAAAGCAUGCUGGGAAAGGGGUGCUAAAGAGCGGAGCAGAGUUCAACAACUCGCUAAGCACACACGCUCUUUGGACUGAAUCUAUAAAAGCCACGUAGGCAGGAUGUAUAAACCCUCCUCUCUCUCUGCCGUCCCCUCAGAGACCAGGUCCAGCUGAGUCUGACUCCAUCACAGCAGGAUGAUGAGCGUACUGAAGGGAGCGAUGCUGCUGCUGCUGCUGGCGGCCGUCAGCACCAACGCAGCGCCCGAGGACUGUGACGGUCUCAACAAAACCGUGCCAGCUGCAGACCUGCACAAGGUUUAUGGGGACUGGGUUCUGGACUGGGCCGUCACUGGCAGUCAGUGGAUUUUCAUGAAGAACAUCACCAACUCCCACGUGGAGCUGCGUCCGCUCCCUGGCAACAGCACCGUCUCAUACGUAGAGAGGAACCGCUUCCAUGACGGUUCAUGUAUCGUGUACAACUCAACUCUGCAGAAUCUCUCUGAUGACAACAAACUGGACGUUGUCGUCAUGACCGAGGAGAAAGACGGCGUUGUGACUCCAUUCGAAGACUCGGCCAAAGUGGAGUUCCUCGAGACGUGCCCUGAGUGCAUGAUGAUGGUCUACAGAGGCAACGUGGGAGGCUUCCUUCUUCACUACAGGAGGGAGGGCCAACAUCAGGACUUAAAGAAGAACUCAGAGUCCCACAGUGAUUUCCAGAAACUGGCCGGGUGUCUGGGACUCCUUCAGGACAGCGUGUUCAUCCACAAAGGAGCUGAUGGACUCCAUCACAGCAGGAUGAUGAGCGUACUGAAGGGAGCGAUGCUGCUGCUGCUGCUGGCGGCCGUCAGCACCAACGCAGCGCCCGAGGACUGUGACGGUCUCAACAAAACCGUGCCAGCUGCAGACCUGUACAAGGUUUACGGGGACUGGGUUCUGGUCUGGUCUGUUUCUAGCAGCCGGUCGGUCAACACACAGAACCUCUCCAACUCCUGCGUGGAGCUGCGUCCGCUCCCUGGCAACAAGACCAUGUACUUCAAGGAGUGGAACCGCUUCCUUUCGUUGAGACCUGCCCUGAGUGCUUGGAGAUGGUCUACAGAGGGGUCUUCUGAGAUUUCCUCCUUAUCUACAGGAGGGAGGGCCAUCAUCAGGACUUGGAGAAGAACUCAGAGUCCCACGGUGAUUUCCAGAAACUGGCCGGGUGUCUGGGAAUCCCUCAGGACAGAAAGUUCAUCCACAGAGGAGCUGAAGAUUUCUGUCAGAAGCCGUCUCCCCCGUCUCCCCCGUCUCCCCCGUCUCCCCCUGAACAGUCCUGAGAGAGGACGCCGGGUGGAGUUGAGGAAACGUCUGAGCAGAUGUGACAGUCACAAAGCGAAUAAACACGAAACUCAAAACCUGGAUGUGUUUCUUCAUGUUAUAGAUAAAUUAAAUUAUUAAUGAUUGAA